ACUCUCUUACAUAUCUCUCCAUCCGGCUUUCAGGAUAUGUAUAAAGAAGAGUAAUUCCUUUGUACAUCAGACUCUUAUAUUAUUCUGCCUUUUUAUCCACCAGAUCGUCCAUACAGGAUUAUACAACCCCAUAAUGAUCGUAGAAGUAAUGUCACAACAAAAUAGGUCAUCCAAAAGAACCAUCAUCAGCUGAGCAGAUAAACUUCCAAUACCGGAGUCUGGCACACUCCGGAACCGCCCCCAAACCACCUAUAACCAUCACCCCAAAAAAAAAGGCCAAGGUCAAAUGCACCGGCACCACCAACAAACCGGCAACAAGUGAGCUCUGCCGGCCAAGACGCCGUGGCACCCGAGGAAAUUGGGACACAAGAGCAAACCGGGAGCCUGCCGACGGCGGUCCUGGAGCGGAUACGCGUGGCAGAAACGCGUUUUGUGGGGCCACACGCCGGUCCACGUGGCCAGUCAGUCGGUCGGUCGGUCGGUUCUCGGCCCAGCACGCACCCAUCCUCCGUGUCGCGCGCGCACACGUUUCGCUCGCGUGUCAUCUUCAGCAUCUUUCCUCUCUCUCUCUCUCUCUUUCGCUAGCUUCGCUUUCACUCUCACCGUUUAUGCUGCCUAGAAGCAUAACUAGAUGAAGCGGGCUGUGUUCAUCCGUGCCCUCGGAUGGUUUGGUGGUGGGAGAACCCGGAAUGAACCCUGCCCCGUAGGAUCUAGUUCCCCCUCCAGCGCACGUUUCAUCGACACGAAUGAACACAAACCGCCCGCCCGCGGUUGUUCGGUAUGCUCCGGCUUCGUUAGGCACUUCCCCCAAAGCGUAGAGCAUAAAAUGCAACAUAACACCGACCCUCGCUCGCUCGCUCCCUCUGUUCCUUCUCUUCGUGCUCGGUCCUUCGUGCAGCGCGCGCGUCCCUCCUCGGGAAGACGAAAGGGUCGCGUGGCGUUCGUGCGUACGACGGCCGUUCGUCCAACCCCGUACGUGGCGCAGGGGUUGCAUUCAAGGGUGCCGGCCGGUGUCGCACACGCUCGCCGGCAAUGGAACAGAGGAGAGCGAACGAGAGAGAGAACGAGCGGGAACGACAGAGGACACACAGCACAGCAGACGAGAGUUGGGAUCUGGUGUGCGGCAUCAUGCAUUGCAUGCGCUCGGCGUACGCUCAUUAAAUCAGUCGGACGCCGCUUACGCACAUGACAAGUCACGUGUAAGUCGUCGUCGCCCCGGAAGAGUGCCACCAGUGUGGGCCACGAGAACGCCGCACGCAGCCAACCGGUGUGCCUGUGUGCAUGUGCCGCCAAGUGCUUUGUGGUGUGUGUUGUGCCAAAAUUUGUUGCAAGUGUGUCCAACCACCACCCCCAAACACCCAACACCAAUAUAUCGCUAAGUACUUUGUUUGCCAAGUGACCGGUUAGCGCGAGAGUGAACAAGAAUUAAUAAGAAGUUUUAACGGAAUUAAAAAGUGGCAAGAACCUAACGCAAGUGAAAGUGAUCCCGCGUGGUUGUAGCAGCAGUAAGAGGAAGAACAAACACACAACCAUGGAUCAUCAUCUUCCACAUCAUCAUCCGCACCAUCAUCACGGUACGCCCCUUCACUGGGGCUACUCCACUGCGACGACGCCAAGUGCCACCUCUACGCCGACGCACGCCGGUCACAACACGUGGACGCCCCCGUCGUCCAAGGGCCACAAGCGGACGCUUUCCGAAAGUGACUGUGAGGAUCUGUACUCGGAGGAAUCGUCCAAGGAGCAUACCUCACCGGGAGAAUCCGAUAGCUGUCAACUGAUGAGCCGCAAACGGAGACGCGGCGUGAUCGAGAAGAAGCGCCGGGAUCGCAUCAACUCCUCGCUGACCGAGUUGAAGCGACUCGUCCCAAGCGCCUACGAGAAGCAAGGAUCGGCGAAGCUGGAAAAGGCCGAAAUUCUGCAACUAACCGUGGACCACCUGAAGGCACUGCAUGCACGUGGACUGGACGAUGCCAGCUACGAUCCGCAACGGUUCGCCAUGGACUACCAUAUCAUUGGCUUUCGGGAGUGUGUGGCGGAAGUCGCCCGUUACCUCGUCACGAUCGAGGGCAUGGAUGUGCAGGAUCCGCUCCGGCUGCGCCUCAUGUCCCAUCUGCAGUGUUUCGCGACACAGCGGGAACUGUCGACGAAAGCGAAUGCGGCUGCCGCCACCAGCCCGGCCUGGUCGCACAGCAGCAGCACCGCCUACCCCGUCGCGGCUGCAGCCGCCGCCGCAGCCGUAGCAUACCCGAGCACGCACCAUGGCACCAGCGGCUACUAUCCUCACCCGCAUCACCAGAACUACGGACCGCCACAAAGUGCAACCGCACCGUACAUUCCACAGGUGGCCACCAUUCCCCCACCCCUCGACCAUCUGCACCAGCAGCAGCAGCAGCAGCAGCAACAGCAGCAGCAGCAACAUCAUCAACAGCUGAGUGGACAUCCUUCCGGUGCUUCCUCGGCGGCAACCGCUGCCAUCUACGCCACAAGUGCUCCGCUGCACGAGUUGUACAACAGCCAGCAUGAUUCCGCCAACGCUGGCCAGCAGCAACAGCAGCAGACGGAGCAGCAGCAGCAACAGUCUGCAGUUGGCACGAACGGUGCACCGACGUACACGGAUCUGUCCAACAACAACCCCAACCGGGGUUUGUCCGCGUACGGCAAUCCGCAGUACCCGGUGAGCACCUCGACGCACGGAUACAGUGCGUCGACCAGCUCGUCGUACAACACGGCAGCGAAGCCGUACCGUCCGUGGGGUGCCGAGAUGGCCUGCUGAAGAGAGCAAGGAGGGAACGAAGUGGGAAGUGAAGCAUAUGCUAGAGUUGCCAAAAAGAGUGUGUGUGUGUGGGAAGAGAGGAAAAAAGAAUCUUUCCCAUACCGGGAAUCGAACCCGGGCCUUCUGGGUGAAAGCCAGAUAUCCUAGCCACUAGACCAUAUGGGAGGCUUGUGAGAGAGCAAUUCCGCUACGUACUGAUUCUACCGCUCUACUUUGCGUAUGCGAUGCAGUGCGCCUGACUCUGCCAAAGACAAUUGCCAUUCACCACGCAAGAUUUCAUACAAAGUAGCACCAAACCUUUUCGCUGGCAAAAGUUUAUUCGAUUUAGAACACUCAGGAACGAUGUAAGAGUAAGAGCUUACGCACAGAGUUAUAUUUAAGGAAGCUGGUCCGCUCUGGAAGAGAUGGAAGGGAAACACACAUAUGUUCUAAGCUUUAACUACACUAAAACCAUAAAAGGUGUCCUUAAGAACCGCUCUUUUUUGUACAUACACAGGUGUGAUUGAUUGUGAGUGAGUGAGAGAUGUUAGAAAAUAAGAAUUAAAAGUAAGAAAAACAAAGAGAGAGAGAGAGAGAGAGAGAGAGAGAGAGAGAUAGAGAGAGAGAGAGAGAGAGAGAGAGAGAGAGAGAGAGAGAGAGAGAGAUAGAGAAGAAGCGCGCUAGCAACAUAGAUAGAAGAUUAUUUAUUAGCAAGCGGUAAAACGUUCCCGGACCGCCGAGUACAGCAUCCCAAAGGGUUGAAGAAGCGGGAGACGCGUUUCUUCCGGGGGUCUCUGAAGACACGCUGCCAGAGUACGUUUGUUUACGUAUUUAGCUUAUUAAGCGAAACCAAAUCGAGUCAAUUAGGUCAUAAGAAACUUUUUUUCACUUAUCAGUAGGAUUAGGAUAGUUCGAUGAACGUACUGUACCAAUACCAAGGAGAGAGAGAGAGAUACACCAAAUGAAGAAACGCAAGAUUGUGAUUUGUGCAACAACAUUUCAUGCCGCUAAAUCGACCAAAAAGAGGAUUCAAUUGGACCUGAAAAAGAGCAUUUUACAUAUUUUUAUAUGCGUAUAUAUGAAACUGGGAAAGUUUACAACCGAGCCAAACCUUUACUGAAGAACCGUUUGAUGAAAGCAAAAAUGAAAAU